GCGGCAGGUUCCUCCUGUGGGUCUCUCCCCGCCCCUCCCGUUUCUCCGCUGCGGUUGUAAAGUUCGGCUUCGGUUACUUUUGAACGGCUGGGCAGAUCUCGGCAGCCGGGAGUUCGGAGAGUCUAGCAGCCAACAUGUCAAGCAAAAGAGCAAAGACAAAGACUACUAAGAAGCGCCCUCAGCGUGCUACGUCCAAUGUAUUUGCUAUGUUUGAUCAGUCACAGAUUCAAGAAUUUAAAGAGGCAUUCAACAUGAUUGAUCAAAACAGAGAUGGUUUUAUUGACAAAGAAGAUCUGCAUGAUAUGCUUGCUUCACUUGGGAAAAAUCCAACUGAUGAAUAUCUAGAUGCCAUGAUGAACGAGGCUCCAGGACCCAUAAACUUCACUAUGUUUCUCACAAUGUUUGGUGAAAAGUUAAAUGGCACUGAUCCAGAAGAUGUAAUCAGGAACGCCUUCGCAUGUUUUGAUGAAGAAGCAACAGGCGUCAUUCAAGAAGACUACUUGAGAGAAUUGUUGACAACAAUGGGAGACAGGUUUACAGAUGAAGAAGUUGAUGAGCUGUUUAGAGAGGCACCAAUUGAUAAAAAGGGCAAUUUCAAUUACAUUGAGUUCACACGCAUCCUGAAACAUGGAGCAAAAGACAAAGAUGACUAAAACAGAACUCUUGCUUCUGCAUUGCUCUUUAGAUCUCAUGAUUAUCUUCAAGGGGAUUUUUCCAGGUAGAACCUGUUGCAUGCAGUUAGCUUUACAGCUUUUACCUAUCUUAAUGUAUUUAUCUAUACAAGGCCAUUCUGGCACAUCUUGCACCAGUUUAAAAGGCCAGCAAUGGAAAUUGUAAUUUUGGUGAAUUUGGAAGAUAAGACCAAUGAGUUUGAAGGCCCAGGAAAAAUAAUCUGUGUUUUUCUGGUUUAGCUGGAUUUUUACAUUUUGUAAUAAUGCCAUUUUGAAAUAAGAUUGCUAUAUCAAUAAAAUACCUCAAAUGCUA